CUAACAGUAUUUAUACUAAAGGAGAAUUCCUUAAACCCAAAGCAAAACUUCCCCCCCUGAUAACUCAUCUGUGUGUUAAUUGUGUGUGAAAAUAAAAUGCACGGAAGACCACGCAAAGCUCCAACAACAGAAGAGCAAGAAGCUUCUGCUAUCAAAGCUUCCAAAUUACGUUCUCUCCAAUCCCAAUUUCUCCAAUUCCAUCACAACAAAAUAUAUACAAAGGAAGCAUUAGAUGUAAGUGCAAAGUUAUUAGAGUCAAAUCCUGAGUACUAUACUGCUUGGAAUUACAGAAAACUUGCUGUCCAACAUAAUUGGAAUUUACCUGAAGCUGACAAUAAUGAGGAGUCUAUUAAAUCAAUUCUUGAUGAAGAACUCAGAUUAGUAGAGAAUGCAUUGAAGAGGAAUUUCAAGUCUUACGGAGCAUGGCAUCACCGUAAAUGGGUGCUGAGUAAAGGGCAUUCUUCUACAGACAAGGAAUUGUUGCUUCUGGGUAAGUUCCAGAAGGCAGACGCCCGCAAUUUCCAUGCAUGGAAUUAUAGAAGGUUUGUCACUGCACUGAAGAACAUACCAGAUGAGAAGGAACUAGAAUACACAACUGAAAGGAUAUGCGAUAAUUUCAGCAACUAUUCUGCUUGGCACAACCGCAGUGUUCUUCUUUCUCAUUUGCUGAAGGAAAACGCAAAAGGAUAUUCUCCCAAGGACAAUGUAUUUACAGAAGAAUACGAAUUUGUGCGCAAUGCUCUUUUCACAGAUCCAGAUGAUCAAAGUGGUUGGUUUUACCAUCUUUGGCUUCUUGAUCAGACAGUUAAACUAGAGACAUUGUUGGUUUCUUCAUGGCCACCUCAUGGCUGUAAUCUUUCCUUACCCGUGGAUGCUUCGUUUGGAGAUUGCUCUUUCUCACCCUUUAUCAGUCUUCAAUCUAAUACUAGAACACUUCCGCUCAUCCUCUAUUUCAGUGAAGCUGUUGAAAAUAUAUGCUCAUCUACAUUAGAAGUUGAAUGUGAAAAUAUCGUGAGUAAUGAGCUCGUUUGGAGAUCACUCUCAGGAGAAGAAACUGCGUCUGCCCAGGCGUGGUUGACAUAUCUUAAUUUUCCAGAGGAACAUGCACAUUCUUUAAAGGCUUACCAAGUAAAGGUUAGCCUUGCUCGUUCUCAAGGCAUUUUCUCUUCAACUGGCGUUCAUCGUGGAAAUUCUUCUCAUAUUGCAUUUACAGUGUCUAUACCACCUUAUCAUUCAGAACAUGUUGACUUGAAAAAUGAAGAGAAGAUCUUUUGGAGUGAGGAAAGUUUCUGUACUCAUGAAGCACAGUUUCUUGAGUCAGUUCUGGCUAACUUGUUCCAUAUAGAAAGAACCAAGGUAGACGAAAAAGUGGUGGACUAUCAGUGGAAUAUUAUGACUGUCGAUAAUGAGAUAGCACACUAUAGGGAGUUGUUGGCAACAAUGAACUGUAAAAUUGGGAAGCUGACACUUGCAAGACUGCUGAUGGCGCAUAACACUUUAAUGUCAUAUACUUGCACUAGUCAUAGAAAUGUUAGCCACCAUGCAGAAAUUCUUCAGCUAUAUGAUGAUUUAAAGAAAAUGGACCCAGCACAUUUCCACUACUACCAGGAUGAGUACAAUCUAGUACUUCUGAAACAGAUAAUCUCCAAUCAAGAAUUGUUGCUAAAGCACUGCUGUAAAUAUAGGGAUCCUUCUUCUCCAAAAAUCAAUAAUUUCUGUCUGCGGCUUAAUGAUCUCUCACUUUCACGUAUUGGGUCUAUGGAGCAACUUUUGUGGGUUCAAGUCUUAGAUCUCAGCAACAACCAAAUUCAGUCACUUGAAGGCUUGGAGGUGAUGCAACUUCUCUCCUGUUUGAAUGCUAGUCACAAUAAACUCUGCAGUUUUACUGCUUUGGAGCCUUUGAGACUGCUAAGAUCACUGAAAGUCUUGGAUAUCUCUUACAACGAGAUUGGUGCGCACUCUAUUGACACGAGGAGGUAUUUGUGCUCUUCUCCCCUGAACCAUAAAAGUGGAGGUGACUGGAAAACUGAGGAAUCUGAGAUGCCUUGGGCUGAGGUGACUGACCAUUGGGAAGCUUAUACUAUUUUUAAAGACUUGAACUUGAUACAAUUAGAUGUUAACGGAAAUGCAGUUUCCGACGAAAAGAUAAAAUUACUUUUGAUUAAGUUAUUACCGUCACUACGGUGGCUUGAUGGUGAAAAGGUUGCAGAAAGUUAAAUCUCAGUCGCUGUUACAAGUUUAUCUACAGAAUGGAUAAGGAUAUAAAUAAGCAUACAGGGACAAAGUUAUACACACUUAGUCACUGAUCUAUGCUUCAUAAAUUUGAUGCUCUUGCAACCAAAUUCAAUGUGGUUGCAUAAAUCUAAGCUCUAGAAAAUUGUAUGCCAGAGACAGAUGAGAUGAGGCUCUCAGAUGCCUAGUAAUCUGAACUCGUGCAAGUACGUUACAGCAACAGCGGAAAUACUAUAACUGGCCUCUUUUAGUUGAUUUUGGCAUAUGGAGUUUGGAAACUCUCUAAAUAGAAGUCAAGGAACAGGACUGUGUGAGAUUUUCAUCUCUAAUACUAUUAGAAGGUAUAAAAGACAGA